AUGUGGCCUGAUAUCAUAAGAAUGGCAAAGGAAGGAGGAUUAAAUACCAUUGAAACUUAUGUUUUUUGGAACGUCCAUGAACCUGUUGAAGGCCAGUUCAAUUUUACAGGAAAUUAUGAUUUGGUGAAAUUCAUCAAAUUGAUUGCUGAAAAUAAAUUGUAUGCAAUCCUACGACUUGGUCCUUUCAUUCAGGCAGAAUGGAAUCUUGGAGGACUUCCAUUUUGGCUGAGAGAUGUACCCAACAUCAUAUUCCGGUCAUACAACGAACCCUACAUGACUCAUAUGAAAAGAUACAGCGAAAUGAUUAUAAACAUGAUGAAGAAGGAGAAGCUAUUUGCACCUCAAGGAGGCCCAAUUAUCCUUGCACAGAUUGAAAACGAAUAUAACCAUGUUCAAGAAUCAUAUCGUGAGAAAGGUAUUCAAUAUGUGAAGUGGGCUGCAGAUAUGGCAACUGGGUUGUAUCCCGAUGUCCCAUGGAUAAUGUGUAAGCAAAAGGAUGCCCCUGCAAAUGUAAUAAGUACAUGCAACGGAAGGCAUUGUGCAGAUACCUUUGGUGGGCCAAACGGCCCAAAUAAACCUACUUUAUGGACCGAAAAUUGGACUGCUCAAUAUCGGGUUUUCGGAGAUCCACCUUCUCAAAGAGCAGCAGAAGAUAUCGCAUUUUCAGUUGCUCGAUUCUUCAUGAAUAACGGAAGCAUGACAAAUUACUACAUGUAUCAUGGUGGAACCAACUUUGGAAGAACAAGCUCGUCGUUUGUGACCACUCGUUACUACGAUGAAGCUCCCCUUGACGAAUUUGGUUUGAUAAGAGAACCCAAAUGGAGUCACCUUAGAGACCUCCACAAGACUUUGAGAUUGGUAAAGAACCCUUUUCUUUUGGGUACUCAAAAAAUCAAAAAUAUCAACAAAUUUGUCCAAAUUAUCACAUACGAGAAACCAGAAAGCAACAUUUGUUUAGCGUUCUUGAGCAACAAGCACAAGAAGAUUCAUCGUACCAUCGACUUCAAAGGAAAAAGUUAUUUCCUACCAAGGCGAUCUGUCGCCAUUCUUCCUGAUUGCAAAACUGUCGUUUAUAACACAGAACUUAUCGUAUCACAACAUAACUCAAGGAGCUUCGUACUUUCAAAGAAAGCGAAUAAAUUUAAAUGGGAAAGCUAUCGGGAACCUAUUCCAAUAGCUAAAGAUUUACCAGUUAUGAGUAAAACACCAUUGGAACUCACCUCCAUGACUAAAGAUACCACAGAUUAUAUGUGGUAUAGCACAAGCUUACAUCUUGAUAGUGACGAUCUACCCAUGAGACCAGAUAUCUUGCCUGUUAUUCAGAUUCAAAGUCUUGGGGAUGCAUUAUUGGCUUUCGUUAAUGGAGAAUAUAUAGGAUUUGGACAUGGGAGCUUCAUUGAGAAGUCAUUUUCGUUCUCCAAACCUGUGAGUUUGAAGACUGGAGUCAAUCACAUAUCGAUCUUGGCAAUGACUGUGGGACUACCGAAUAGUGGAGCGUAUAUGGAGAAGAGGUUUUCGGGUAUUCGAGCUGUUAUUCUACAGGGUAUGAGUAGUGGUUCUCUUGAUCUCACGCUUAACCAAUGGGGUCAUAAGGUUGGCGUCGAGGGAGAAUCACUCCAAUUGUACACAGAAGAAGGAUCCAAGAAAGUUAAAUGGAGCCCAGCCAGUGGACCAGGAACACCUAUUACAUGGUACAAGACGAAUUUUGCCACUCCUGAAGGAAAUAAUCCGGUUGCGAUCAAGAUGGAGAGAAUGGGCAAAGGUGUAGUUUGGGUAAAUGGUAAUAACCUUGGUCGUUAUUGGGAAAAUUAUCGUUCACCUCUUGGGGCCCCUUCUCAAACCGAGUAUCACAUCCCAAGGUCAUUCUUAAAACCAAAGAACAACCUUUUGGUUGUGUACGAGGAGAGCGGUGGAACCAUUGAUGGUGUUGCGAUUAAUACUGUCAAUCGCGACAUUAUUUGUAGCUUUAUGUAUGAGGAUUAUCCGCCAAAUAUUGACAUAUGGAAAAUGGAGGGAGGUGUUCUUAAGACCAACGUGGAAUCACCUAAGCCAGAAGCUCAACUUACUUGCGACCCUGAUAAAUUCAUCAAGGAAAUCCAAUUUGCGAGCUUUGGCAAUCCUUGGGGAUCGUGUGGGACAUAUAUUCAAGGAACAUGUCAAUCUCCCAAUGCCAAACAAGUAGUUAAAAAGGCUUGCUUGGGAAAGAAUAGUUGCAGAAUCCCUCUCGACAGAGCAAUUUUGGGCGACCCAAGCGGUGACAAAUCUUGUUCUCAAGACAAAUUUAAAAGACUUGCUAUCCAAGUGAGGUGCGCGAAGAAGAAAAAUGAGUAGAUAUAGGAUUUUUCAAAUUCAAAAGGGUGUGUUUGAGACAUUUUUGGCAAAUUGAAGGGGCCUUUGUACAACAAAGAAACUUAAACGCUUUGAAUGA